AUGAAGGCAGCAGCAGCGCCCGUCAAGCCAGCAAAGGAGCAGAAGCCCAAGGAGGGCAAGAAGCAGGCAGCGGCGCCUGCGCCAGGCCAAGUCAUCAUUGGUAUCACCGUGGAGAAGGAGCAAGACUUUUCAGACUGGUACUCACAGGUGCUCAUCAAGUCUGACAUGCUCGAGUACUAUGAUGUCUCUGGCUGUUACAUCCUCAAGCCUUGGUCCUACUCCAUUUGGGAGAAGGUACAGCGUUGGUUCGACGAUGAGAUCAAGAAGCUCGGCGUAGAGAAUGCUUCAUUUCCACUCUUUGUGUCCAACCGCGUCCUGCAAAAGGAAAAGGACCACAUUGAGGGUUUUGCUCCCGAAGUCGCUUGGGUCACAAGGGCGGGCAAGAAUGACCUUGAAGAGCCUAUCGCCAUUCGUCCUACCAGUGAGACGGUCAUGUACCCCUACUACGCCAAAUGGAUUCGCUCCCACCGCGACCUGCCAUACCGCCUCAAUCAAUGGAACUCGGUCGUGCGCUGGGAAUUCAAGACGCCGCAGCCAUUCAUACGCACGCGCGAGUUUCUGUGGCAAGAGGGACAUACAGCCUUCCAGACACGCCAGGAGGCUGAAGAAGAGGUCAUGCAAAUCCUCGACCUCUAUUCAAAAGUCUACACAGAACUGCUUGCUGUGCCCAUGAUCAAGGGCAUCAAGACAGAGAAGGAAAAGUUCGCAGGUGGACUCUUCACUUCCACAGUCGAAGGCUAUAUUCCCACAACAGGCCGCGGUAUUCAAUCUGCCACUUCCCACUGCUUGGGUCAGAACUUUUCUAAAAUGUUCAACAUUGUCGUGGAAGACCCAGAUAAGAUGGGUGAAAAGCUGCAUGUUUGGCAAAAUUCUUGGGGCCUGUCUACACGUUGCAUCGGUGUCAUGACAAUGAUUCACGGAGACAACAAGGGAUUGGUGCUGCCUCCACGGGUUGCGCAUACACAGGUCGUUGUGGUGCCUUGCGGUAUUACUGGCAAGACAACACCUGAGGAUAAGAAGGCCAUCUACGACAAAGUCCGUGAGAUUGUCAAGACGCUGCAAAAGACGGGAGUGCGUGCCAAGGCGGAUACGCGUGAGACCUACACCACUGGCUACAAGUUCUCUGACUGGGAGAUGAAGGGUGUUCCUAUUCGCAUUGAGUUUGGGCCCAAGGACGCUGAAAAGUCGCAGUUUCUGACUGCACGGCGGGAUACGGGAGCCAAGGAGACCGUUCCCCUCGAUACACUCACGGAGAGUAUUGACACACUCCUCAACAACAUCCACGAUGCCAUGUAUGCCAAAGCCAAGAAGGCCUACGAUGACCACAUUGUGCAAGUAACUGCGUGGGAUGACUUUGUUCCAGCGCUCAACAACAAGAAUGUCAUCUUGAUCCCAUUCUGCAAGACGGAAGCGUGCGAAGACAAGAUCAAGGACCGUUCUGCGCGGCAAGUGGAAGGCGACGAGCCAGAAGACGAUCGUGCACCGAGCAUGGGUGCCAAGUCGCUGUGUAUUCCCCUGGAGCAGCCAGAGUCUGAGGAGGAGACAUUGAAGCGCAAGUGUGCCCAGUGUGGUGAGCAAGCCAAGUGCUGGACUCUCUUUGGCCGCAGCUACUAG